AUGGGAUAUGUCAUAGUUUAUAUUGAUAAAGAGGUGGUAUUUUGGUGGCGUAUUAUAGGGCGACACUACACGAGAUGGAGUAACGACCUGAUGUCAAAUUGGAGAGCAAACAAAUAUCCGUCUGAAGACUUCAUCCACAUUCUUUAUGCUGAUGAUGAUGAUCUGUCGGAGGACAGUAAGUUUGAGCCAGAUAAUGAUGAGAUAUAA